UUUGUUGGCAUUUGGGUCAGUGGACGCCGUUUAUGUAUUUAUUUUUGUAUAAAUCCAGUUAUUGAAAAACAAAACAUAAAAUUUACUCGGUGGGAUACGAGAAUAAGUUUAAACCAUAAUUAUACCCAACUUCAGUACACACUAAUAUAAAAUGACGAACCUUGAUAUUAGCAACAGUAGUACGGAUAGUAGCUCUGGGUCCACAUCGGAUUCCAGUAGCAGCGGGAGCUCUUCAACCACCUCGGGAUCAGGUUCUAGCAGUUCUGACUCUGACUCCUCAACCUCUGAGACACCAGCAGCAACUGCAGCCACAGUACCACCUAAAUCACCCACAAAACCGGCAGAAGAGGCUAAAAAGAAAGAAGAACAAAAACCAAGACGGGCAUCUAAAACAAAAACAUCAUCUAGUGAGGAAGAAGCACCCAAAGCAGCAAGUCCAAAAUGCCCACCGAGACGUAGAGCUUCAGCCAAACCCAAGGCAGCAGCAGCAGUCCUUGCUAAAGCAAAACCAGCCCCUCGUACAACAAUAGGUGCAAAAGCGAAAGCCAUUUCGAAAACUAUACCCAAAUCCCAAACAAAAUCUGAUAAUUUGAAAAAGAAAAGCAUAUUUUCCCCUGACAACAGUUCUGAAUCCGAAACUGAAAGCAAAAACAAACCAAAACAGAGUGCAAAAGAGUCUCCAAUUAAUAAGAAAGUGACAAGAAAAUCGAGUGAUGAAACACCAGCCACACAACCUGUGAUCCCAGAAGAUAAUACCGUUAAAGAGAAUGCUAAACGCAGAAGUAGUAGGAACAGUGGUCCACCGGCAAAGAAAGCAGUAGAAGAUAAAAGCGCAUCUUCUUGCUCAUCCAGUCAGUCAUCGGUUGAAUCAGUGUCUUCAGAGAGUGAUAGUGAACCAACAUCCAAGAAAGACAAUGGAAAAACUAUUAAAACAAAACCAGCGACAGUAACAAGUAAGCAAGUGGAUGUAGCUACAAAGGGCAGUGAGGCGGGAGAGUCUGCAGCUCUUGGGGCGGUGCCACGCAAGCUGACCAGGUCGUUCUCAGCUCGCGCCAGCAGACUGGCAACUGCUGCCAGACCAGUUCAUACUGACACCGACUCGGAUGUUGACGACAAGAAUGAUAAGCAUAGAGAUCUAAAGAAGAACCUAAAAGGUCGUCCUCCUGCCAUCCCGCGCUCCCCCGUGGUGGCGGACACGGCGCCCGUCAUGCCUUCAGAGCGUUGCUGUCCUGUUAGGGGCUGCGAUUCAACCGGACAUUUAGGCGGCAAAGCGCGCCGCCACUUCACGUGGGACGCGUGCCCCGUGUACCACAACGUGACGGCGGCGUGGUGCGUGGCGGCGGGCGAGGAGCGCGCGGCCGCCGGCGCCGCCCGCCGCCGCGCGCUCGCCGCGCUGCACCAGCGCCCGCGCGCCAUGCCCACCAUCGACCAGCGCGCCUACCACCUCAAAGUUAAAGACUUGCGUUCCAAAUGGAAGGGCAGUCAGGAGUUGCGGGAGAAGCUGUCAGCGUCCAGUGAGGAGAUGUCGGAGGAGCGCGAGCUCGGAGAUCUACCUUCUGAUAAAGGCACCAGAUACGUAGUGAUGGGGAAGUACAUGAUGGAGGUGUGGUACCAGUCGCCGUACCCGGGGGACGCGGCGCGCGUACCACGGCUCUUUGUAUGCGAGUUCUGUUUGGGACAUCAUAAAUGCGCGGCCGGCGCGGCGCGGCAUCGCACCAAGUGCGUGUGGCGACAUCCGCCUGGAGACGAGGUAAACGUCGUACCAGGUCUUUGUGUACCAGUUGUAUCUCCGACACAAAAGGCGUCUUCGUUUUCCAUACCAAUAUAUACUAAUAAAGCCUUGGAGUUUUUGCCUUCCUUGAUGUCUCAAGGAAGCAAGAUUGCCAUGCACAAGCAGUACUGCCAACAACUCUGCUUACUCGCCAAGUUCUUCCUCGACCACAAGACGCUGUACUACGACGUGGAGCCCUUCCUCUUCUACGUUAUGACCUGCGCAGAUCACGAGGGUUGCCAUAUUGUGGGAUACUUCAGCAAGGAAAAGAAUUCGUUCCUGAACUACAAUGUGUCUUGUAUUCUAACCCUACCACCGUACCAGAGACAAGGCUACGGCAGGCUACUCAUAGACUUUAGUUAUCUACUAACAAAAGUGGAGGGCAAAGUGGGCUCCCCGGAGACCCCGUUGUCUGAUCUCGGUCUGAUAUCGUAUCGGUCGUACUGGAAAGAGGCCCUGCUGAAGAGACUGUGCUCGGCCUCGGGGCCCUCGCUCUGCAUCAGGGACCUCAGCAAGGACCUCGCGAUCGCAUCAUCGGAUAUCGUAUCCACGCUGCAGGAGCGAGGCCUUAUGAAGUAUUGGAAGGGAAAACAUAUUGUGCUGAAAAAACAGGUCAGUUUUUGUUAUUUAUUUCGUGUAUUUCAUGUUUUUGUUUUUGUCUUUGCAUGUACAAAUAUUAUGAUCUGUACAUGUACUCUUCACCAUUACGUUUUAGUAAUCUUUAUCAAUAACUUUUCGACUUUUUAUAAUCUAAGAAGCAAUUCUAGAGGUUAUAGUAUCCAUAUAAAUUUUAACUUCACGCGACUCGGUGCGUAG